AUGACAGCAACAAACAACAACAGCAACUAUAUCGUUUCUGAUGAAAAAGUUAUUGAUUCAUUAGCUGAGGAAUUAGUUGUGGCAGAAACUAAAACCCUCAACGAAAGAAUUGGUGAAAACAAGAUUGAUUUACAUAACUACCUCAAACACGAUGGAGGAAGUGGAAGGAAAACUGGUACAGCUUUAUUAGUAAAUAAAAUUUCAAAUUUAACGAUUAUAGAUGUUGAUAUCAAUAAAUCGUACAAUGAUGAACUUAAAGAAACAGUUAGAAAAGAUAUUUUAUCAAAACUUUCGGAUAAAGAUGUUAUUGUUAAAACCGCUUCAGGAGGUCUUCACAUUUAUUGUAACACUAAUUUCUUCUAUGCAGUUUCGAACAGAAUGAUUAAAUGUUAUUCCUGCAAUGAUUAUGAUAUCGAUAUCAUGACUUCAAUGGAUGAUUCAAAAC